AUGCCUGGCACAGCUAUAGCUUAUGGCCCUGAGUACGGCCACGACUCCCGCCAAACACAAGGUUUGGGCGGCUACAGCCCCGCAACUACAACGAUGUAUAACGUUGGCCAACCGAGUACGCAAAACACGAUUGACGAUGCGCAGCAAUUCAGUUCGCGGCGACCUGCAGCUAUGCAAAUGAUGCCCCCAGACGUUGCCUCAAGCGAGUUUGGGUCCGAGACUGGGGCCUCAGUUGGCUCGAGUCUACAGCGACCGGCGCAGGGCUCAAGCGCAUCUGCGAAUGUUUAUCAACAAAGCAAUGACAUGAAUUAUGCGAGCAACAGCAUGUCCAGUGUGAGCGCAAUGCCACAGGCAACAAACACCGCCGAUGUUUCAAUGACAGACGACCACGACUAUGCGGAAAGCGCCCUCGAAGAGAAAUGGGUCAGUUACCAGAGGCAGCUAGGGACAGUGAAUGGAUCUCUUGAGAGUGCUUCUGCGACAUUGCUUAGCGUCACUAGCUGGCUUUUGUCUCAGGUCGCAGAUCUAGGUCUUAAUCUUGACGAUACCAACCUUCAUGCUGAUCGUAUUCAGCUAUGGAACGACUUCAACCACGCUUGGCUCGGAUUGGGCCAGCGACAAAUUGACCUAAUGACUUCGUCCCCGCAACUUUCGAGGACGCAAAGCCUGGUCUCAAAGGCCAUGAUUAAAAAGAUGGGAAACGAACUAAUAAGGCUAUGUGACGGCAUAGAGCGACAUGGCCUGGUGGACUACCAAUAUGGAGUAUGGGAGGAUCAAAUAACUGCUGUCCUCGAAGACUGUCUGGACUUAUACGAUGCUUCAGAAGAAGGCAGUGACAGCGGCAACCGGUGA